AUGAUCACUCCAAGUUCAAAACUGAUCUCCACACCUCUUUUCCAAAGUGCUUCCAGGGACGAACGACUACCUUCGAAGGAUAGAUUGCGACUUGCUCACCAGCGGGCAAAGGCAAUCUCGCAGUCUUACGACCUCAGCGUCCGAGACAUUCUUCAAUGUACCGAAAAGUUUUGGGACCUUCAUCUGGAUCCUUUAUUUGUUACAGACUUCUCGGCAUGGACUUUCGUCGUUAUACAGUUAAAUCUUGCAGCGGGUGUAAUUGGCUACAGUUCCCAUCAGGACAACCGACAUGACUUGAAUUACACUCUGAAGAGAAUCAUAGAGUUUGAUGUAUCUUCGGCAUUUCUUAUGACAGAGCUCGGGCACGGACUCGACGCUAUUCAUCUCGAGACAACAGCAACGCUUCUCCCAAAUGGCAACUUCGACCUUCAUACUCCUCGCGAAGAGGCGCAGAAGUACAUGGCCCCAACCCUUCCUGACGUAGGCGUCCCAAGAAUAGGUGUGGUUAUGGCACGACUCAGCGUUGAUUCCCAAGAUUAUGGUGUUCGCCCAUUUCUCGUUCCUUUGAAUGACGGGAAAUCUAUGUUCAAGGGUAUCAUCGCAAGCCGUCUCCCUGACCGACCGGGAGCAACGCCUAUAGGACAUGCACUCACGCAUUUCAAUCAUGUCAUUUUACCCAAGGAGGCGCUCUUGGGCCCACUCAAACCGGAACACUCGCCACGUAUACAGUUGCUUUCCGAUACUUGGCGAGUUGCCAUAGGGACUGCGACUGUCGGGGCCCUCGUUAUUCCGGUCGUCAAGCUUGUUGCGAGUAUUGUGGGGAUAUACAGCAAGAAACGCACUAUCAUCAAUUCUCAGCAUUCUACGGUUUUGGAGGCUUUUUACAAGUCUAUAAGAGUACACUUUGACGGUGCUUCGAAGUAUAGGACAGAAAGACUACAGAUCAGAAGUGCGUACGCUACUUUGUUCAAAGCGAUUGCUAUUCGCCUUGGAAAAGCGUCUAUCGCAGAUCUUGGAGACAGAUGUGGUGCUCAAGGCCUCUUUGGAUUUAAUCAACUCAUAACUGCUGAAAUGACCAUGCGUGGAGUGGCAAUAGCUGAGGGGGACACCCUCGUGCUGAGCAUUCGUCUCGUCUUCGAGCUAUUGCUUGAGCGUUAUUCGGUUUCGAAACCACGGAAUCAGCAACAUCCAUUAGCAGUACACGAAGUAGCGCUCAUUAAGGAACUACGGUCUCUUCUGGAUAUGUCGAAGGACAUGUCACUCGAUCGAGGUGGCGUUAGGACGAGAGAAGAAGCUUAUUCGCCUGAGAAAGUAAUGCCCUCGAAAGAGACGUCCCUCGACCACCUCCUGGAGGUCAUGACUCCUCCGGAGAAGCAUGCUCAUCGAAGCGAGUUUGCCAAUACGCAGAUACUUCCCCGUGCUUGCUCCCUCGUUGAAGCCAUCGGCUGUCGUAUGGCGUAUGAAGCGGCUUCCGAAGUUGGGAUCGAUCCCCUUCUCCUGGAUCUUUUCUAUUUCGGCUGUGUCGAACGGGAUCUAGGAUGGUAUGUUGAAAAUCGGGUGAUGUCCCGUCAAACCUUUUUCCGAGAUGAGCAAAGGGCUAUCAGCGGACUACUGCCAUCCCUUGAAACAUUGAUAGAGAAAGCGGGGAUGAAGCCGUACAUCACGGCCAAGAUCUGUGACGAAGGGGGAUGGAAAGAGUUUGUGGAUGGAUUAGACGUAGGAGACAAUACACAAAUCUCCACCAGAGAUCCGAGCAGGCUGUGA